AUGGCACCCGCACAGCACAACCCAGCGCCUGCGCCUGCGCCCGCUAAGAAGGGCAAAGGCAAGAAGGCGACCGACCCCUCGGAGCAGCAGAAGCAGAUCCAGGCCAAGAUUGCUCAGCUCGAACUGGACCAGGCAGGGGACAAGGAGCAGGAACUCGAAAUCGAACGCGAAGUUAAGAAAGCAAACCGCGAACUCUCCUCGCUCCUCUCCAACAUGGACGGCCCGCUGUCCCGGCUCGAAGUCGUGCAGAAACGAUAUACCGAACUCCUCUCCGAUAUGAAGCGCACGGAACGCGAACACCAAAAGGCGAAGAAGCGCGGGGACCAGCUGCAGAAGGAAAAGGACGCGCAAAGGUCGGAGUUGAACAAGGUUACGACAAUGAAGGACAAAUUGGACAAAUUGUCGCGUGACUUUGCAAAGGAAAACAAGAAACUCAAGGACGAACUACACAAGCUCGAAUCUAGCGAAUCCACCGCCAGGCAAGAACUACACGAGCGUCUCGAACACCUGGUGAAUGACGUGGACGAUUGCAUAGCAGCUGCGAACGGGCCUGAACCACAGAAUCAAGCCGAGCAAGAACUGGACGAAAUAUUUCGUCAGAAGUUCAAGUCGUUCAUUGACCAGUACGAGUUGCGCGAAUUACAAUACCACUCGAUGCUGCGACUCAAAGAGCUCGAAAUACAGUAUCACGCUGCCCGACUAGAGCAGCAGCGCAAACAACAAGAAGCCGAAUCUUCCAAGUCGCACCAGUUGACCCGCCAAGUGUCGACCUUUUCGCAGACCGAGACGGAAUUACGCACGCAGCUCAACAUAUACGUGGAGAAGUUCAAACAGGUCGAGGAAACGCUCAACAACUCGAACGAUCUCUUCCUCACGUUCCGCAAGGAGAUGGAGGAGAUGUCAAAGAAAACCAAGCGCCUUGAAAAGGAGAACCAGACGCUGCAACGCCACAAGGACAUUACGAACCGUAAUAUUGGCGAGAUGGUGGAAGAGCGCCAAAAGAUGCAAGAGGAGCUUGCCAGGCGGACCAAGGAAGCUGAGGACCAGCGGAAGAAGAUCGCUCGCCUGGAAACACUGUGUCGUGGAAUGCAGGCACAAGGUCGAGGCCAGGUUCCGAUGCAUGAGCUGGAUCAGGAGGAGCACGACGAGGAGGAUGAAGAAGUCACGGAGAGCGAGUACGAAUACGAGGACGAAGAUAGCGCAGAGUACGACGACGACACUGAAGAAGACGACUCACUCUUCGGCCCAUCUACGUCUUCUCAAUUUGCAAAUGAUGCCCCGCCUCCGGCUUCGAAAUCGCUCGGAGAUAUCGUGAAGCAGUGGAGUUGGGAUGAUGUAGACCUACCGUCUAUUGCGGACUUCGAUAUGACUGACCAAGCAUUCGACGAGCUCAUGGAGCAGAUGAAUUGGGAUGAUGUGACUGCGCAGUUCGAUGCGGAAAUGGAAGCAAUGGCUGACAAGACUGCUCGUCUUCUGUCAAACGAUGCGGCGAAGUCGGAGGAGCCAGAAGAGCCAGAUUUAGAUGUUGAUUGA